GAGCGCUGCUGGGCCCGACCAAGCGGGAGGUGGCCAUGCAGAAGAAGCUGGACGUGCUCACGCAGGAGCUCACGGCGCUCAGGGGCAGCGGCAAGGUCGGCAAGGAAGAGACUGUGGACGGGGCGAAGGAGGCACAGCAGGUCGACGUGGCGAGGCUCUACACGUGGGCGCAGGCGUGCAAGAACGAGUGGGGGGAAAACUCGGAGGAGUACAAGGCAGCUUUCGCGAAAUACCAAACGGCCAGGGCUGAGAAGGACAAUGCCAAGCCGCACUCCGUGCAACUCACGCAGGCGAAGCGCGCCAGGGAGAAGUUGGAGAAGGAGGUCGAGGCGAGCGCAAACGACGCCAGCUGGUACGAGCAGCAGCUGGAGGAGGCGCGAGCCAAGUAUGAGAAGAAAAAGGAGCAGCUGCAGAUCGCGACGGCCAAGGAGCAGGAGUUCAGGGUGCAGGACUGCGGAGUCCGUGAGUCGCCCGAGUUCCUUAAAACCAUGCAGAGGCAGUUCGAAGAUGCGAUCGACGGCAGCGGAGUCACCAAGGAGGAGCACCAGCAGGUGUUCGACCUGUUCGGCAAGGUCAUGGCCAAUGCGAAGCAGGAGGACGUGGACAUGGAGCACCAGGAGUACCGGGAGAAGCAGAUGAGCAACCACUACCCGAGGAAGCAGAACUCCCAGAGCUCACUGCCGAAGAGCAGGAAUGGCUCAGGGCAGGCGGUGUACCAGAAGAAGCUACACCCGAUCAGCGGAAGCGCUGGCAGGAGGUGUGCGCCAGCCUGGCCGAGCAGGCGGCCAAGAGACAGCGGCGAGGGUAGUAAGCGCAACAGGAAGCCCCAGCAUGAUACGGCCACCCUGUGUACGUACAACGGAACAGGUUGGGGCACCAUCAAGGAAACUAUCAUGGAGGAGAUGCAGGGUCUGCAGUGCUAUGCAGUGCAGGAGCGUCACCUGAACACGGACAAGCUCGCGGUGCCCACGCAGAGCACGAAGGCAGAAGGCAGGGCGGCAGCGGCGUGGCUCUCAGUAGGCAGAGGCAUUGCGCUCGCCUCCUUGCACCUGUGGACAGCGGAGGGCAUGACGUACAGGAACACGCAGCUGAUCACGCAUGUGUUGGGAAAGGUGCAGAGUUGGGGCGCCCCGUGGGCCAUCGGGGGCGACUUCCAGGUGGCGCCAGAUGUUAUGGCGAACGUGGCGAGCGUUCAAGUUGCGAAAGCCACAGUGGUCACGGCCAACGCAGCGUGCGGAACCUGCAGGCACGCGUAUGGCAACAACGAGAUCGACUACUUCGUGGUGGCAAGCUCGGUGGUCGCGCAGGUGGAGCGCGUCGCGGUGCAGGAGACGUUGCCUGCAGCACCGCAUAAACCAGUGGGGCCCGCGAUCAAGCUGAAUGCGGAGCAGCUCAGGGUGAGGGUGCUCGAGAAGCCCAAGGAGUUGCCAGAGGUGCCGAUCGGGUGCGUGCCCGAUCCACCGAGAUACGCGGACGUUAAGGAGUUUAGCACACAGAUGGCGGCGAACACCGAGUGGACCAAGUACAUGCAGGUGCUGGAAAAGGAGGCUUUCCAGGUGCGAGGCGCGAAGUGGGAGGCGAGUGACCCGCGCGCAGGCAGGGCGGACGAGCCCAAGUGGCGAGUCAAGCCCCUGACCUUCGGGGGUGCAAACGUACCGACAGCGGCUAGGGCAGCGACCUGGUGGAGAUGGGCUACGCGGACCUUGCGCAGCUUGCAGGGCGCGCACCAACGGUGGCGGAAGGCAACGGAGAGGGGCCCUGACGAGUACCAGAAGCGGAAGCGCGAGGCAGCGGGCCCCAUGGAGGCGGCGGGGUUCACUUUAGCUGAGUGGAAGGGCGUCUGGCGGGUUGGCGAGGUCUUCCAUGAGGAACCAAGGCCUUGGGAGUACGAUCCCAGGGAUGAGCUGGACGACUACGCCGAGGAGGGCGCCAGCAGGCUAAAGGUGGUGGCCCGCACCUUCAGGAAGCGCACAGUUCUUGGGGUGGACCGCUGGCACCCGUCAAUGCUGCAGGGAGCGAGUUGCGAGGCGUACCGCAAGCUGCUGGACAUAAUGCGGGAGGUGGAGCGUACGCCGAGGUGGCCGAUCCACAUGGGCACGGUGCUGUUCUUCAUCACCCCGAAGGCCUUCGCGACAGAUAUGGUUAUAGGGAGCUGGGGCUGCACCAGCUUCGGCAAGGCGGCGGGGGACGCUGCAUGGCACGUGCCGCUGAGGCACGAAAUGGAUGAUCCAGAGGGCCAGGGCGAGGAGCUGGAGGCCACGACCACGGCGGUAUUGGACCUGAUCAAGGCCUUCGAGUGGGUUAGCUUGUUUGCCUUAUGGGAGGCGGGCAAGCAGCUGAAUUGCAACACGGGGGUGUUGGCAGUGGUGUGCUCGUACUUUGCGAUGGCCAGAAGGCUGAUUGUCGGGGAAUCUGUGUCUAGCGCCGCCAGCGCGGUAGGCCCGAUCAUUGCAGGGGGUGAGUUUUCAGUGUGCUUCCUGAAGCUGGUCAUCCAGUCCGCGGUGGGCGGCCGAGUUGUGGAGAGGCCGCGGGCGAAAUUGCGUAUGUAUGUGGGCGAUCUUUGUGUGCGGCUACGCCGGCAGCAGCAGCAGUGCAUCGUGCAGGACUUCAGCGACACCAUUGGCGCCUGCUUCGAGGGCUUCGGCAAGCUGGGCCUGAAGUUCUCGGUGGGCACCCAGGGCGAAGGAGCCGUCGUGGCCAGUGCCAAGUGGGUGCGCAAGGCGGCGGCGAAGGAGAUGAACGCGCGUGGGCUGCCCGUGGUGCGCGCGUGCCCGUAUCUGGGCGUCGACCUCGUCGCGAACGGCGCGGCAGCGAAGACCAAGUGCGGCAAGCGAUGCAAGACCGUGCUGGGCAGAAGUAUGCGGCUUGCGAAUCCCGAGGGCGGCGGCCGCAAGAUGGCGAAGGGCGCGGCCUUGGUUUUUAAGUGCGGCCUUAAGCGCUCGGUUCUGUACGGGUGCACUGGGCAUGCCAGUGCGGAUCCCGAGCACGCCUUGGACAACGCGGUGGAAUUGCUACUGAAGGCGUGGAAACGCCAGCAGCAAGGGGUAGGCAUGAAGCCCGUGUGGGCCAGGGUACGUGGGCCUGCGGGGGCGGUGAUCAUGUCGCCCAAGCGUGCGCAGUGGGCGUGGCCAGCCUGGCAUACGGUUAUCACCAAGGACGGAUGCGAGCUGGACAUGGGGGAGGUGUGCCCCAUGGAUGUCGCGACGAUGCUGCGGAAGGACGUGCAGCAGAAGCUGUGGCAGGACUGGGCGGCGGCGGACGAGUGCGCAAGCUCACGGCCGGCGCCGAUGGUAGCCCCAGCGGUGGCGCAGCUGAAGGCGCGGGGCUUCCCGACGCACGCCAAGAGCGCAGCGAGGAAGGCUUUCAUCGGCGGGGGCUGGACCAUGAGCAAGUUUUGCGAGCGCAACAUCGUGCCAACGGACAUCUGCUUGGCGUGCGGGGAGGCGGUGGGCACCCCGCACCGCAUGUAUUUCAAAUGCCAGGCCUUGAGGGAGCGGCGCUUGCGGGCGCAACAUGAGUGCCAGACGGUGGCAGCACAGCAGGAGGACAGCUUGCUAUGGACGCGUGGGCUGGUGAGGCACCCAGAAGCGGAUUGGAAGUUCGAGGGGGUCGACGAGGGCCGGUACAUGUGCCAGACCGUGGAGGGCGAUGAAGACUACUUCACAGGUGACAUCGUGUGCGACGGGUCCAAGAUAGGUUACAGUGAGUGGGCGCAGACGGGCUGGGCGGCCAUGUCGAUCAACGAGAACGGGAUGCCGCAGUACCAGAUGUGGGGCCGCUGCCGUGUACUGGAGAAGAAGCUCGGCGAAGGCAACAUAUACACUGAUCACAAGGGCAUCACCGAGGGCCUGCAGAAGGGCGAGCGAUGGUGCAUCAGCUGGAAGCGACCGCACGCGGACAUCUGGAAGCGCAUCUGGCACAAGGCGCACAGGUCCAAGGCGAAGAUCGAGCAGCUCGCGGGCGCGGAGCUCAAGAUCGCGAACGGCAAUGCUGAGGUGGACCUGCUAGCCAAGGCUGGGGCCGAGCUGGAUGCGAACUACGGGAGGCGCCAGGCGGUGGAGGAGUUGGCUGUCCGUGCACGCUGGGCGGGGCAGAACAUCGGCUGGCGGCGCCAGCAGAUGGAGGGCGAGUGGCCAGACGUACCGAAGCGAGAGCCUGGACGACCACUACGCCGACAGCCAAAGCCGCUAGUCACCCUGACGAGGCACGAGGUGAAGGAGUACGGAGGCUGGGCGUGGUGUGUGCGGUGCGGUAGGCGGGCCGCUACAAAGCGCAUGAGGAGGAAGCUCUGGGAGUCGGACUGCCGGCCGCCGCCGUGGACUUCAGCGGGCACUCGCAAUGCAGGCAGGGUGGGCUCCCUGGAGGCGAGC